AUGAAUAUUGCCAUUGAUACUGCUAUACUACUAUUACAAAUUAUUGUUGAUAUAGUUGAGGACGACUGCGCGAAAAACAACCGACCAUGUCCAGAGAAUUCUGUGUGUGUGAGGAAACUGAACGCCGACAAGUCCGAAUGUGAAUGUAUUAGAGGAUACGAAUACAAAAAGCAUACAAAAACUUGUGAUGGUACGUACUGGUUCUUAGUUUGACUGCUGCGUAUUGAGAAAGCUAUAAUUACUUGAACAAUGUAAGCAGAACUCGAUCCCAUUGAAGGGCCUUCGCUCGAAACGUCCAAGUUUGGUUCUGCUUAUGUUUUUCAGGCAGUUUAUCUCUCUCAAUCCGUCUUGUUUGUCUUGUUAUCGUCGUUACCUAUACACUGGGUGGCACAAACCGUUUCUUAGUUCAUAAAAAUGAAAUUGAAAUGAUUAAUCGAUAUCUAUAAUAAAAUCUGCCAUUUGACCAUUGGCUUGUUUUGUGACACUGACCAGCAUGUACAACUAAAUAAACUCUAUCAGUUCUUGAGAUCGAGUAAAAUUUUUUGAGAUCCUGUAAAAUUCCUUGAGAUCCAGCAUGUACUGAAUUCCUGGUGAUUCAGUAAAAUCAUAGACAAUCCAAAAGCCCUAAACUCUAUUUUAGUAAAACUUUUUAAAAAACUAUUUUAGUAGAACUUUAUACUUCUAAAAACUUAUGCAAUGGCUCUAGCCUCUCAGUUCUAAUAAAAUUGCAUACUCUUCUUAGAAAUUCAGUAUUACAACUAGGAGAAAACUAUAAACUGUGUUUAUACUGGAUAACCUAUAUCAGUUCUGAACUGUUUUCCCUGAAGCUUCUGUAAUGGUACCAUUGGGCCAGUACUAAGGACUGAAGCGAAAUAUCCAGACAAACACUUUAUGCAUUCGACUGAGGCGAGAUAUUUUUAUCGUAUUUCUAGAUAUUGACGAAUGCCAGACGUUAAGUAAGUCUGUGCUUGGAUGUACCUCAAAACUGAAAUGUUUAAAUACAAUUGGAAGUUACCACUGCGCAUGCCCACACGGCUAUAAGAACGUAGAAGGGAAAUGCAAAGGUAAAAGAAAAUGCUUAAAUUUCGCAAAUUUUCUCUGUUUGUUAUAAAUUUCACACCGUAGCCACUACUUAGGGUAUUAAGCAAAGGAUAAGAUGUGUUAUUGACAACAUUUUCAUGUUAAAAAUUACGAAUUAUAAUGUUGUAACCAAUGUGGACGAGUUGGACGGUACAUUUACAAGAGUUAAAACUGCCUAAUCGGGACUGAUUUACAAUUAUUUAAAAAAAACUGGAUUUGAAGAACACAGUAAAUUAAAGCAUAUAGCCUAUCGAAGGGAAGAUGACUGUGAAACUCAUUAGAAUAACAAUAUAACUCAUUAUCUAUGUUAGUCAACGUUUAUUCAUAAAUCGACCAGUUUCACCGUCACGUGUGUAUUGUAUUUUUACCAAAUCCACCAAUAGCAAUUUCCAGUUUCCCUAUUGUUCGAGUCACGGAUACGUGACUUUCCUAAAACAUUGCUAUUGGUUAGUUGCAUGAGCAAGAAUACAAUACACACGUGACGGUGAAGGACCAGAUUUAUGAAUAAACGUUGACCAACAUAGAUAAUGAGUUAUAUUGUUAUUCUAAUGAGUUUCACAGCCAUCUUCCCUUCGAUAGGCUAUGAUUAAAGUAAUCUAGAACAUGCAACUAUACCCUUACUCUUUUACACUUCCUCAAAGUGCUUCGGAAAAAUUGAAGUCAUGAGCUACUGGGGACGAGUCCGGCAAAGCUACAACGUCUAGUCCUUCAGCUCGGCAAUGGGGAUAUGCCUCGAAAGUGAGCAAGGCUUUGAUAUGUGCAGCCCUUCGAUCGUCUUGUUACAAAAGUAGGCAACCAUUUGUCUUGUUACAAGUAACAUAUUUACGAAACCAUACAGUUAUGCCGAAACAAUACAAUCCGAAUAAUAUGACAGAUCUGUUUAUGAUUAUGUCAUCAGUGGAAUUAAGGGCUCUAAAACAAAUGUCUCAAACACGGAAAUGAGGUUCUGUAGCCACUGCUGUAGCACUGUAUACAUUUAUUUGAUCCCAAAUGCAAGACUGCUCUGGAACGAAUUAACAUUUAAUUCUUACUCUGAUAACUGUCGAUCAAUCACCAUCUGCUUGACGACAGUGCUAUAAAGCAAUCCCUUAGGACACGUACAAUUGGUUGUUCUUUUCAAUGCAUCUGUCUCUUUGCAGACGUGGACGAGUGUGCCCAAUUACUUUGUGGUGAAAACAUGCAAUGUCACAAUUUCCCUGGGAGUUACUCAUGCUCGUGUCGCAAAGGAUACAGGGAAGAAAUGUAUUGGUGUAAUGGUAUGAUAUAAACCAUUUUCCUGAUUUUCCAUUUUCCAUUUUCCAUUCACUCAAAUAUUUCGUUAUGUAUAUGGCCAAUAUUGACAUUUUUUGGUAUACUUAAGAAUAACCGUUUAUUGGCUAUCUAUAUUCAUGUAUAUAGUAACAUUUCUCUCUUGUUAAUAUUUUCAGCUUUUUAACCUCUGUUUCAGAUGUGGAUGAAUGUCGUGGUGAAAACAAAAUGGUCUGUAAAGGGAAUCAGACUUGCGUAAAUGCUCCUGGAAGCUACAAAUGCUUGUGUACUACUUCAGACAACUGUGAAGGUAAUAUAUUUGCGAUGGGUAGCAGGUGGGUGCAUGAUAGGAUGAUAAUUUCAUCAUGAAUCGGUUUAUCUCGUUUGACAUGUCGUUUAUUACGGUUAUGAUCAUUAUAAUGUCUGUAUUUUGCAGAAACUUCUUCUGCUACCGUUAAACCUGGCGAGGGGCUUUUAAAAAAUCACACUGGUAAGUACAUUUCAUGUAUAAUUCAAAUUAGGACAAUUUUGCCAAGUAUAUUUUACUACAAUCUCUGGUACAUUUUACAACCGGGGUUGUGAUAUACAAAAUAUGAAAGGCCAUAUUGUAAAAGAUACUACAAACACGAGCCAAAGGUGAAUGGUUGCAGAUUUUAUACAACAUGAACGUGAAUUCUGUAUGUUGCUUGUGCCGGAUAACCGGAUUCGUCUUGAAGAAAACGUUCGUAUUCCUCAUCAGUGUUAACAACAUAAAUCUGAUGAAUGAGUUUAGUUUAGAAAAUUAAAGUAAGGACGUUUGAAGGUUCAAAAUCAGUAGGAUUUUGUACCAGAUAUACAAUCUGUCUCUUGGUCAUGAUUUCCAUUAUGUUUUGCUCAUGAUUAGUAAUGGGAAUUUCAAUAAAACAUAAAGCACAAAACAUAUCUUCAACCUUUUUAGUCGUAUCAUUUUCUGGCAAUUCUUACAUGAGAUUCGCCACUCCGGCCAUUUUAAAAGGCAACGCCUCCGUUAGCAUAAGACUCACAGUACGUCCUGACAGUGGCAAUGGAAUCAUCAUUUAUGCUGAAAAGGUUGGGCACAACAAAUUUUUUGGUCUCGCUUUAAAAGAAAGUUAUCUGGAGUUGAGGUACUGUAUUGGUUUAUUCAUUACCAUCACCACCGUUACUUAUUACCAUCAUCAUCAUCACCAGCAUAAUGACUAUCAAAACCAACCAUCACCACCACCAUCAUCAUUAUUAUCAUCAUCAUCACCACCAUCAUCAUCAUCAUUAGCAUCACCAUCAUUUUCACCAUUAUCAUCACCUCACUAUUGUCAUCAUCAUCACCUCACCAUUGUCAUCAUCAUCAUCAUCACCUCACCUCACCAUUACCAUCCUGAUAUCUUCUCAAGCCUCGUUCUCGUACGAAUCCACUGCCCUUGA